CAUCGGAAAAUUCUUCGAGACACCAUCCAUGGAAUUAGUAUGUUUUCGUCUUCACGUUUGGCUCGUCGCGGCGGAGUCAAACGCAUCUCAGCGACCAUAUACGACGAGACUAGAAAAGCAAUGAAGCAGUAUCUUGAGGAGAUCAUACGCGACGCCGUGACCUAUGUGGAGCACCGCAAUGCCAAGACAGUCACUGUCCACGAUAUCUUGCAUAGUCUCCAUCGCCGUGGGCGCACCCUCUAUGGCUUCGAUCCAGUGACCAUGACAGUGCCCAAGAGCCGGGAGGACCAGGAUUUCCAAAGGCGCCAGCGGAGUAGACGACCUCUCUAUCGCGCUGAUAGAAUCACUCUCGAUACUCGCUGA